AUGAUCUCUUUCGAUGAGGGAGAGCUGCUCGAGAGGCUCAAGGACGUGAAGGACAGCGUAGAUCAGGCGGCAAUUUUGAGGGAGUGGGAGCAGAACCUGGGUCAGAUAACGCCACCCAGCGAGAGGCAGCCCCUUCCUCACAGCACAGCAGAGCGGCCCACAGUCAGGCCAAAGGCAGAGCCUGCGGCGCAGCGCUCGAACGGUGCUGCCUCUCGGCGGAGGGCAGACAAUGGUCCCGGCAGCAGGGAGCAGGAAGAGGUAGAGGUGCCCUUCGAUGGCCGCCACAUCCUGGAGCUCCAUGGCCUUAGCUCUGCAGACACUGCCAAUCAGCUGGAAACCUUCUUGGUAUCCAUCAGCAGCGGCCCUAUUGACCCUGUUGUCAGGUGGGUGAAUGAUAAGACGGCGCUGGCUGUGUUCAGCAACCCAGCUGCUGCCCAGGCUACCCUGCAAGCUGGCAACAGCCGCUACAGCAUGCGGCCUUUCAGCGAGGCAUGCGAUGCGUCCAAGGCGACGCCGGCGGCAGAGCUGCAGCCGCCGCGGCCGCGUCCCAAAACGUCGACCGUCGUUGCAAACCGCUUGAUCAGCCUGGCCCUGAAUGCUCCCAGAGUAGCAGAGCAGGAGUUGCGACAGCAGCAGCACAAUAAAAAGGAGCUCAAGCGCGAGCGGCAGAAGCAGGUGGAUGCUUCUUGGGACAGCUAG